AUCAGAAGCGCGCAUAACACCCACAACAGCGGUCCGUGCGGCUCCAUAUUGGAUCUGCCUUUACUUAGAAAUACGCUGUUCAGGAGCUCUGCCUAUACAUACUGUGUAAAGGCUCGGCCAAGCAAGCCGGCUUCCACUGCCAGGGUCCAGGUAUGAGGGAUGCUGCCGACAAACCGAGCUGUCAGGAACAAAUGCUGUCCGGAGCUUUGUUAGACUCGAAGGCGUCACUACCGUAAUGUUUAACGGGGCUGAGAAAUUAGGUUAGAGGCGCACCUGAGCGAGGAGCGAAAAGUGGCAUGCAGGCUGUGGAAGAAAUAAUUGGAUUGAGAUAACACCAAACAGGAGGCAUGAUGUUCACACUCGCUGAGGUUGCUUCCCUGAACGACAUCCAGCCGACUUACCGCAUCCUAAAGCCAUGGUGGGACGUCUUCAUGGACUACCUGGGGCUUGUUAUGCUCAUGCUGGCCAUAUUUGCCAUGACCAUGCAGAUCACCAAGGACCAGGUGGCCUGCCUUCCCUGUCUGGAGGACCCAGAGGAGGCCUCAGGACCAAAACCACACUCCUUCCCUCAGCAGACUACACAGGCCUCAUCCACAGCCUCCGGGGCCCCCGUCAUGACCAGUGCUCCCCUCAUCACUAAGGACAUGCCGGACGAGGUUGUCCACGAGAUCCACGUCACACACCAACAUACGUCUGCAAUGUCGGAGAAAUACGCCAAUCAACCUCAACCUACAGGAGUUAGGACCAACCUGGACUUUCAACAGUAUGUCUUCAUCAACCAAAUAUGUUACCAUGUUGCCUUGCCCUGGUAUUCCAAGUACUUUCCUUACCUCACCCUCAUCCACACCCUCGUCCUCAUGGUCAGCAGCAACUUCUGGUUCAAGUACCCCAAAACCAGCUCAAAGAUCGAGCAUUUUGUUUCCAUUCUGGGCAGAUGUUUUGAAUCUCCCUGGACAACAAAGGCUUUGUCUGAAACAGCGUGCGAGGACUCUGAGGAGAACAAACAGAGAUUAACCGGUACUCCCUCAGCACCAAAGCAGGUUUCUCUAGAGGGGAAGGAUGAUGGCACAAAUGCAAAUUCAACCACACCCAUGCUUGGGGUGAAGUUCUCUGCAGAUAAGCCCAUGGCAGAGGUCCCCAGUAGCAUGACAAUCCUAGAUAAGAAAGAUGGAGAGCAGGCCAAAGCGCUCUUUGAGAAAGUGAGGAAAUUCCGAGCUCAUGUGGAGGACAGUGAUUUUAUCUACAAGCUUUAUGUAGCACAGACCAUCGUCAAAACAGUCAAGUUCAUUCUGAUAUUGUCCUACACGUCAACCUUUUUGGCUAAAAUCAAUUUUAAGCACGAUUGUGAACCAGACAUCAAACAGCUAACAGGAUACAGGAAGUUCUUCUGUACACACAACAUGGCGUACAUGCUAAACAAGCUGCUCAUAAGCUACAUGGCGUUGAUUUUGAUCUACGGGAUGGCCUGCUUGUACUCUCUCUUCUGGGUGUUUCGACGACCCUUGAAAGAGUACUCAUUUGAGAAAGUCAGAGAAGAGAGCAGCUUUAGCGACAUUCCUGAUGUCAAAAACGACUUUGCAUUCCUCUUACACAUGGUUGACCAGUACGACCAACUCUACUCCAAACGCUUCGGCGUCUUCUUGUCUGAGGUCAGUGAAAACAAGCUGAGGGAGAUCAGCCUUAAUCACGAGUGGACCUUUGAAAAACUGAGGCAGCUGGUGACCCGGAACGUACAGGACCAACAGGAGCUGCACCUUUUCAUGCUCUCUGGUCUCCCCAAUGCUGUGUUUGAUCUCACUGACUUGGAAGUGCUGAAACUGGAGCUGAUUCCUGAGGUGAGAUUCUCUGCAAAAGUCUCUCAGAUGACAAGCCUGCAGGAGUUGCAUCUUUGCCACUGUCCAGCCAAAGUGGAGCAAACCGGGUUUGCUUUCCUACGCGAUCAUCUCCGCUGCCUUCACGUCAAGUUCACAGAUGUCGCAGAGAUUCCAACUUGGGUGUACUUACUGAGGAGUUUGAGGGAGCUGAACCUGAUCGGCAACCUGAGCUCAGAGAACAACAAAAUGAUCGGUCUGGAGUCGAUGCGGGAUUUGAGGCAUUUGAAGACGUUAUGUUUGAAGAGCAACCUCACAAAAAUGCCCACAAACAUCACAGAGCUCUCACCACAUCUGAUUAAGUUAGUGGUACACAAUGAUGGUACUAAACUGCUGGUACUCAACAGUCUGAAAAAGAUGACAAGUCUCAUUGAACUGGAGCUACACACCUGCGAACUGGAGAGGAUCCCCCACGCCAUUUUCAGUUUGACCAACCUGCAGGAGCUCGACCUGAAAUCCAACAACAUCCGAACCAUCGAGGAGAUCAUCAGCUUCCAGCACCUGAAGAGACUGACGUGCCUGAAGCUGUGGCACAACAAAAUCAUCACCAUCCCGUCAUCGAUCGGACAGGUCAAGUCUCUGGAGGCUCUGCAUCUCUCUCACAAUAAACUUGAGUCCCUUCCUCCAGCUUUGUUCACGCUGCCCAAACUGCGUCAUCUAGAUGUGGGCCACAACUCCAUCACAAUCCUCCCUCCUGAUGUAGGUCUCCUCCACAACCUGCAGCACUUAGCCAUCAACUCCAACAAGUUGGAGGUGCUGCCAAAGCCUCUGUUCAGAUGCAACAAGCUAAAGGUGUUGUGCCUGGGGAACAAUGCACUCACCGUGCUGCCAGAGGCUGUGGGUCAGCUGGUGCAGCUCACUCAGCUGGAGCUCAGAGGGAACUGUCUGGACAGACUGCCCGCCCAGCUGGGAAACUGCAGAAUGCUGCGCAGGAGCGGCCUAGUUGUGGAGGACCAUCUCUUUGAUGCACUUCCUGUGGAUGUGAAGGAGAGUAUCAGCCAAGAGACCCCUGCGUCCUUUUCUAGUGGCUUAUAGCACAAAAACCCAGCCAGGCUGGCACCUCUGGUGAUUCAUGACAAGUCUGUAUAAUGGAUGUAAAAGUAGACUUUUCUUAUUGUAAUAUCCUUUAAAAUGAAUGCAUUUCAGAAUUUUCCGAUGCUGGUAUCGGCCUCCGAUAUUGCCUAAAAGUCAGUAUCAAGUAUGUGCAGUUAUACCAGUCAGUGCACUGAUCAGAUACCAUAACCAACUAGCCUCCAAAAAGGUACAACAAGGUAAAUAAUGGUGUGAAAACAACAAACAAACAACAGAGCGGUGCUAGCAGCAUGUAAACGUAAUUAAAGCUAGCAAGUCAGUGUUUUUUUUCCAACAAUCGUAUGUAUAUUUUUUCAAUCACACUUGUAUCAGAAGGGUACUUAGUACAAUACUCAAGUCCAGGUAUCAGAAUCGGUACAGGCAAGGAACUAUUUGUAUCAGAUCAUCUCUUGUUUUAAUGAUUAUUUUGAUAGGAUGUCAUAGAUGCUUGCGUAUAAAUAGAUUCAGAAUGCUUUUCUUGUUGCUGAGGAUCUUAUUCAGCAACCAUUAGGGGAACAGUUUUGCAUAGUAAUAAAACAGUAGACAUUUAAUAGCACCACUAUAGACCAAAACUGUUUUCACUAAUAACACAGUAUGUAGAAGUUCUCAUUCUUGUUUAGGUACUCAGGUAUAAGUGUAACCACGGGGAACAAUCUUUUUGCCUUAAAUGCUGCUAUUUUUUUAUAGUGAGGGCUUUCACAUACAAAAGGCCAAAAAUAAAUAUUUCAUGUUUCCAUGUUAGUUUUUUCAUACAGACACGAUCCAUGCAGCACUGUCUACAUGUUAUACCAGACAUCACAAUGCAAACACUUCCUUCCUGGUAGUUUUUCAACUUGUCUUGAAAUAAUGUAACUGUUCACUUUUCUGAUUGACUUGUAGCUGACAGAAUGAGUUUAGAGUUGGAAAGCUCAGGUGGAGACUAAGCACCAGAAAUGAACCUUUAUCUUCUUGUUGUAGAGAUUGUAUACUAAGGCCUAUAGUAAUCAUUUGCACAUGCACAAAACGUAAUGAUUUGGAGAUCGUUGAAUGUCCUUGGUGAUAACAUGUCCUAGUAACAACGUGAGCUGAUAAAAGAAAGGGAAAUCUGUUGACUGUCUUUUUUUUUUAAAUCAUGCUUUUUAAGAUGUGUAACAGAGCAGAUCACAGGUAGAACUAAUUAUUUCCACAUGUCAGAAUCGUGUAAUGACAACAAACAUGUCUGCCUUCAUUCUUUUCAAUGUAUUUCUGUGUAGGUCUGAAUACAGUGUGUUUCCCCGAGAGCUGCUGUAACACCUCUGUGAUCCUAUGCUCAAAGUCCACUGCUUUAUGGCACAAUAAACAAGAUUUUAGAUGAA